GUUUUCUGCAAAAGCCCUGAGGUGCAACAACAGAGUGAUGGUGGGGCUGGUGUUUGUGGUGAUUGUGAUUGGAUGUUCAGUGAUGACUGACUGGCAAGCAAUUAAUGUGGAAGACCCCUGUAAUUUUUCAUCUCUAAUGAACAAUGUAACAACCAGUGAUACUGGGGAAGCUAGCUUUAUAGACGGCAACACGAAUGAGUCGAAUGUGACUAUAUUCCAGUUGUUAGUAGAGAACUGUGAGGCUAGGAGUACCUCUGGGUACGAGUGUUUCUGGAAUCCUCAUUCUCGUGUGACUGGAGAUCAGUGUAACACUUGCUAUCAAGGUUGCCUCAGCCUCCAGACGUCUCUCACCUUCUACCAGUACACUGUCGGCGUGUUUCUAGUAUCUGUUGGAGGAACUCUGGAGUACAUCUUCAAUUUCGCACUCUUGUCAGACAUAAUUCCUCCGGAAAAUCAGGGAAGUAUCACAGCCUUCACUAUAGGAUGUGGAGCUCUGUCUAGAGCAGUGACACCACUCUGGUAUGUUGAAAGCUAUGAGCAGACGGGCAAGCACACAUUCCUCCCACUGAUAAUCACGAUGGCAACCUUCUUGAUUGCACUCGUGGCUCUUGCAGUCCUCUAUAAAGACCUUGCUCCCAGAAACACUAGGACUGAGUCUGAGCCACAGCAUGCAACUAAUCCUUCUGCACAACCAGUGACAAAAAUGAGAUGGUCUCCAGAGCAGGGAGCUAGGUAAACCCAACGAUAGAGAUAAAGACUACAGUGGAAUCUCAUUAUAAAGAAGGUCCUGUUGGUAUCCAUUUUCAUAAUU